CACUGCAGGUGGAGCUAUCUCUUCACCCUCCCUCCCUCCCGCCCACACACACACACACGCACACAAAAUAGAUAGAAGCUGAAGGUAUUUGUUGUAAGGAGGACACUUUUGAACAGGCAGUGUUUGAGGUAACAUGGAACAGAAGAACACACCAGUGACCGGUGGCGUAGGCAUACUUCAUAGAGUCAAAGAUGGGAAGCAUCACUAUGAAGUGGACACCGUUUUUAAGGACGGGAAAGACAAAACAAGAUUUUUCAUGAGAACAGGAGAUCAACUCUUGAAGAUGAAUGGAUUCGACAUGGAGGAUUUAUCCCCAGAGAUGUUUGCAGACCUGUUGUCUAAAGGCAGUCCUAUGCUGGCAGUCCACCACCCUGGGGUAAGGGGUGACCCUGAGGAGGCUCCAGAGAAAACAGGGGGCUUCUGUCCGUUCUACAAAGAGGAGACUGUCCUGACGAUCUCCAUGAACAUGGUGACUGACCCAAACCUGCAGGUCUGUUGUCAGGAAGAUGAAGAUCUCCAGGGAGAUGAAGAUCUCCAGGGAGAUGAUGACUGUGAGCUGGAGACUGUUCUGCUAGUCAAGAUGGUGGGCACUACGGUGGCUGUGGUGAGAGGCCGGGGCUGUCUAGACGGGGAGACCUGCAAGGACUGUGGCACCACAGACUGCACUCUUGACGACAUUGUGUUCGUGUCAGAAAGGGUUGAAGACAACAAGCAAAAAAACAUUGCUAUCCAUGACUACAGAAGUCAAAUGUUUCUAACUCACAAGGCAAACACGGCCUGUUUGAAGGAAACACGAGCAAAAAUGUCAAUUUACUAUUACGAGUCAGAUCAAGUGGAUGGUAUAGGUGAAAGUAAAGGAAUGCCAGUUGUCUUGAAGUUUACGGAUUCUGACAAGUUCCUAAAAUGUUCCAGAACUGGCGAUGAUGUGACUUUGAGUGUCAUGUCAUGCCAGAAAGACCUGAAGUUUAUCCCUAAGAACGAUAAGGAGAAAUUGUCAUUUGUCUUCUACAUGAAGAAAGACCAGAGCAAAGGGCAUCUUUUAGAGUCCGCAAGCUGUGAGGGCUGGUUUCUUCGUGCUCUCUCAUCCAAAGUGGUUGUAAAAAAACGUGACCCAAAACAAGAGGAUUCACUGUACUUUUUCAUCCGUAGCAUUUCUGAAUCUAAGUAAUUGAAAAAAGACGCACAACCAUUUAAUAUAAAAACAAGGUUAUAGGCCAUUUGCAUGUAACUGUCAUUGUAUACAUUUAUACUAUCAUCUCACUUUAAACAAUACAUUUUCUUUUAGGAAUUAAGUCACCUGUCGGAAACAGGAAUAAACUUCAUACCGUGUUGAAAGCAUGGUCUUUUAUUUAUAUCUGACAUUAAUAAUGUUACAUAGUGUUACAUAAUCAUUUCAAAUAGCACAUCUUCUGAGAUAGCACACCUUCAAGCAUAUAAACAUAUUACUUAAUUUCUCCAUGACUCCAUUGUUUCAAUUAUAUCAGUAAUGUUAGACUGUGCAUCUGAUCAAAUAAAAACAAAUAAACGAGUAUAUUACUGUC